AUUAUAAAAUAAAAAUGCAUUCAUGUUUAAAAGUUUUCAUUUCUACAGAUUCAAACAAAUUAUGAAUUUGGACUCAUACUCAAUUGAUGGCAGAAAUUUUGGAACCUAUUUUUUGAAUUAGACACUUUAUAAUAUUUAUAUAUAUGAAAUGUUAAUUAGUGUAAUCAGCUAUAUAUUCAUAUACCUCACAAAUUUUGCCAUAGGCUUUUUCCUUUGGGGGGUAUAAUUCUUAGGAAAAUUGUGGUGAGUUAGAAUGGCCAUCUCUAUGAUAUCUUUCAAUUCUCCUUGCUGGAGGGCCUUAAUUAUGAUUUUUUUUUUUCAAUAAUAUAUGAAAUAAUUUACUCAUUAAUUUUCAUACCAUUUAAUUUCAGAAAUUAUCACAAAUUUGAAUUACUUAAGAAUUUUCAUACCAUUAAUUAGCUCUCAAUUCUCCUAGUUCCACAUCCUUAAUUUUUAUUAUUUUUCAAUAUUUUUUUUUGAAUUAAUAAUUUAUGAACAACUUAAUAAAAUAUAGCACAAAUUAUUAUUAUUAUUUGAUUGGAUUUGGGUAUUUAAUUGUAAUAUCUCUUUGAUUGUUUUGUGAUGUGGGUGUUAAUGGUGAGAGCUAAUGGAGAGCAUCCAAAAUCUUGAGAAGAUAAAGGGGUAUUACAGAAAUAGAGGAAAGAGAAGGGCAGUGGCAAAUUAAAGCCAAGCUCCCUAUCUGUAUUCAAUAAAUUCUCUGCAAUUUUCCUUCAUUUUCUGUGUGGGUGAAAGAAACCAAGAAACUGCCAGAAAACACACCUCUCUACACACAUGUCUCUGCGUGUGUGUGUGUAUAUAUAAGUGAAGUGUCAAGACCUAUAGAGGGAGAAUAGUAAAACAGUGUAAGGAGUCACACAGAGACCCCCAUUAACUUGAAACAGCAGCCACUGUGAAGCUUUUGCUUUUUAAUGCUCUCUUUCUCUCUCUCUCCACAACCCCCCAAAAAAGUCUCUCUUUCACUUUCUCUCUCCUCUCUCUUUAUCUUUUCUGAAACUCGUGCUCUUUCUCUCUCUAUCAACACUAUGGUGUGGAGAUGAAAUGGCUGUGAUGAGGAUGGGUCACAGUAAGAGCAUUGCCAAUAAUACGGGUACAGCCAGUGGCAGCGGAAUGAACCCAAUUUUUCACGAUUUUCUGGGUAUGAGCUGUGCUUCUGAUUCGCCUGUUGUUUUUGCUCCCAAGACUGUGGGGCAUGGGGGCGAUGCCAGGCGCUCGGAAGCGUCGCCGUCGGCCUCUGCUUCCGCCGGAGCUUCUUCCGGCGGUGGCCGUGGACCCAUCUCCACCACCUCUGAUCUGGGUUCGGAAAGACAGGCUGGAGAUCAUUUUGAUGGAGUUCCAUUUUAUGGGCCAAAGAGUGAUAUUUCUGGGCCUGAGAUAAGCAACCGGCUUGCGGGUAGUAAGCGAAGUAAUUCUGAUUCUUUUAUGGGGUCAUCAAGAGAUGGGGUCCCUCAAAUCGGACCAGAAUCUCUUGAGAGCUCACACUUGAUGAAGAUACUUCGGAAUGGAACUGGAGGAGAUCGACCUAGGAGGUCCAGUGAUGAGGAGCUAUUCUUGGGUCUGCAGUCACUGAGGCCAACUUCUGCCUCCCUCAUAUUACAGCCACCCACUGGUAGUAGAACUGAUGUCAAUCUUUCCAAAUGGGAUCGAUCUGUUACCAUGAAUGUGAACCCCACAGUGCAGUACCCUCUGCGUGCAGGUCAAUUUGCUCCUUUCUUGCAUCAAGUACCUCCAAACAGAUUUAAGGAUGCUAAUUCUGGCAAUGCUGGUCCUUCAAAUUUAUCCCAACCAGCUGCUGAUGAAGGUUCUAGAACUGGAAUUAAAGGAUCUGGAAUCCUGAGUUCCAUUACUGCCAAUGCCAGUGGCAGUGUCUCUGAGAGAAACCCAUCUGGGUUGCUGCCAAGUGGCAACAGACCAAAGUCUAGGACUCAUAUUUUGGAGCCAGAGUCUUCUACUGCUCCAAGUCGACUUGGAUCGACAUCUUCUAGUCGGCAGAUGACUAUAUUUUAUGGUGGUCAAGCUCAUGUUUUUGAUGAUGUCCACCCAAACAAGGCAGAUGUAAUAAUGGCCUUAGCCGGAUCAAACGGAGGAUCCUGGUCCACGACUUACUCUCCAAAAUCUACUGUGAAACCAGUUGGUGAAAGCACACCCAAUGGAGAGAAUGAAACUGGUAUGGCUGGCAACUCCAUGUUCCCGAGGGAAUUUCGAGGAAGGUUGUCUCUCACUGGCAAUCCUAGCCAAGGGUAUGGCUCUGGUGACCGAAUCUUGACGCUGACAGGGGCCCCUCAAGGUGUCAAUAUACCUAAAGAUACAAGAAAUCCAGUGAAAGCAGCCGAACCCAGUACUGAAGAAAAAAGAAGAGAGGUAUGAUGUGGAAGAGUCUGGAUUAGCCUUAUUUAACUCAGUUCUAUUGAUAGCCUUUUGAGGCAAGAAAAGAGUUUGUUUUCUCUUAUUUUUGUUCAUUUCCCCGUCUCUGGUAUCCUUUAGGCCUCUUUUUCUCUUGGGGUUUUCCUUGUUUUGUUUAUAUAGACCUGAUUAGGCAGUCCGAGGCACAAGCGGAGACAAUGCUAUGAACUUCACAUCUGCUUAUGAUUAGUAUUUGUCAUUUUUUUGUCUCUUUAAAUUUGAAUAUUCUUUCUUUUUGUUGAACUUGUGUUUCAUUGCAAAAUAGAGGCCAAUUAAACUGUGACCAUCAA